AUGAUCGAAGUUACUUGUAACGACCGUCUCGGCAAGAAAGUCAACGUAAAAUGCGAACCCGACGAUACCAUCGGUGACUUCAAGAAGCUGUUGGCCGCCCAGAUCGGUACAUCUCCCGAAAAAAUCAUUUUGAAGAAAUGGUACACGACUUUUAAGGAUCAUAUCACCCUUGGAGAUUAUGAGAUUGGGAAUGGAAGUUCUAUUGAGCUGUGA